AAUAGGUUUUUCUCAUUGGGUUCUAGAUGUUCAAAACAUAGCUCUAAAACUGGUACUCGACUCAAAACUUGGCCAAGUCAACUUGCCUAGCAAGAUCUUUUUUAUUUUAUUUUUUGAAAGAUAAUAAUUUUAUUGAAGAGAAACAAGGCUGAACACAGGGGAAAGGAAAAAAGUAAAAACAGGAAAGGAAAGGAGAAGAAGAGAAAAACAAAAGAAAAUCAAAAUAAUAGAAACAAAACGCUACCCCAUGGCAGCGAAACCCCAAAAAAACCAAAAACUCGACUAAGGAGCGCAGUCACGAAAGAAAACUAAGACUUUGGAACACCCCUGCGGCAGAAGCAGAAGAAUUCCUAAAGCACCGGUUGUUGCAUUCAGCCCAUAUCGCCCAAAGCACUGCUAGGAGGAUAAUCCUCCAUUUCCUCCUACAGAGCGCACCUCCCAACUCCGCAUGCCACGCGCUAGGAAGAUCAUCAAUGGAAUUCGGCAUGACCCAGGAGACCCCCGCAAGCUGGAGAACAGUCCACCAAAUAUCGGAACAGAACGAACAACGCAAAAAAAAAGGUGGUUCACAGUCUCUUCCGCCUGAAGGCACAUCAGACAAACAUUCUGAAGCUGCAUUCCACGCUUCAUAUUAUCAACCCAGGUCAAUUUGGCAAUUACUGAGGGUGUUUCAGUCAUUUAAGAAGACAGUUGAUUCAUAACAUGAGGGGCCAUGUAAGAUGGAAUGAGGCUAACUUGGAUGAAAUUGAAGCUAAUAAACCUGUGAGGCAGAAAAUUACAGAGCCCAAAACACCAUACCACCGCAUGACUGAUGGAGAUGGUUCAGUAUCACCAGUACGAAAUUUCAAUAACUGCAUGGGAAAUGCUGAGCAUGCAGAUGCAAUUCGAAGUGCUUUGAAUGAUGUAGCGUCAUCGAGUAUUAUGUAUCCCCCGAAGAGCGAGGGUUGGGCAUCUGAAGAUGAGGCGGAUGCAAUGGAGCAAGAUGAUGAAGAUUUUGAUGCUGACAGAGACGGAUUGAGCUUUAAGGACCUUAGGAGGGCCCAUUAUGACGAAUUCUGGAAGGUGAAAGAACUCCUGCAGAAGGGGUCCUUAAUGGAUGAUGAAGAUGAAUAUGACAACGGCAAGGAGAAGAGGAAAGAUCAAUGCAAUUCAUCCUCAUCUUUGACAGGCGGCAUGAGAGCAAUAGACAUUGAAGGUGAAACUUCCCCUCCGCAUCAACAACAGAAACAAUCGUCUAACCACAGUAGACAGUACAAAGGCAUGAUGUGAAAGCCGUCGGUUACCUUGGAAAUGUCUUCUUCGUUUUAUUAUAACACUUUAAAACUGUAUGGUUCGGCUUAACCAGUUCACAUA